AUGCCAUUACAAAAUUCUGUGAUAGUUUUACAAACAAGCUCUACAGCUAAAACACUCCCGACAAAAGAAGAUGUUCAAGCUUGUAUUGCGGCUGAAGAAAGGGAUCGGUUAAAAAAAGAAAAGCAGAAAGGUGGAUCUUAUUUUAAAUUGUGAAACAUUAAGAACAUGAUUAUGUUGUUUUAAAUAGUCACAUUAUUGACACCCAUAUGUUAAGUUGUGCAUAUUUAAAAACUUCUUUUUUAGAAAGGUUAAUUUUGUAUAUCGUUAUAUUGUAAAUACAGCUUUGUUUUGAAAUCUUAAAUAUUUCCUUGUAUGUUUUCCAGAAAAUCUGACUUUUUAUCAGAAAUAAGGUGUAUGAAAUUGAUAUUUCUUUAACCAUUUUUAUUUUUUAUUGCAGCUAAUGACCAAAAUAGAAUCUGGAGUAAAACUUCAUCUGGAGGUAGAAGAAAAAGGUAUAAAAAUAAUCUAUUCAUUUUUAUACAUAGGAGCUGACAGAAAAUUAUUUAUUAAAACAAUAGCACAGCAAGAUUUAGUCCAGAAAAUUGUGACAUUUUAUAUUUUAACACUUCCUUUUUGUUCCUUUUUUUUUCUAAUAUAGAAGUCACUCAACUUUCAUGCACAAAAUCAUAAUAAAUCCAAUUUUAAGAUUCUGCUGAACAAUGAUCUGGUAAAAGCACUGUCACACCUUAACUUAUAUUGUCCAUGAAAUUUUAGGCAGCAACCAGAGAAAAUAUCAAGUAGCACCACAAGUAACCUUCUCCAUCAUCAAAUCAGUGAUAAACCCUUAGAUACAUCAGAUACCAGAAUAAUUUUGAGAUCGUCUGUUACUCCAUCCCCAAGCACUGGAAAUAAUCAGUUUGAUAGACAACCCCAAACUUAUAAUCCAGAAGGUCUUCAAGACGCAGACUGUAGAAGGACAUCAUUACCUUUGGCAGCUUAUAAUUUGUCACAAUUGUGUAAUAGUAAUAGACCUUCAUCAAGUGAGCCCAAAAUUAUUAGUUUAGAAAAAUUAUCCAGGCUUGAUUUAUCUACUAACAAAAAGUCUACAGUCAACUGUUGUGUAACAGGAGCUACUGACGUAAACAGAUCAAUUAAUCCAGAAUCAUGUAAUGAAUCAGGAACAAGAAAAUCUGAAGAGGUAUGA